AGGCCGGCGGCGCGCGGUCGGCUGGCCGGGCGGCCCCGGCGCGGCGGCGCGGCGGAGGCUCCGGGGGCGCGGGCGGAUGGCCGAGGACUGAGGCGCAGCGCGGGCGCGGCAGGUCGCCGCUCGCCGGGCCCCCCAUCUCGUUGCCCCCUCAUUCUCAGCCAUGUCAGCGGCCGCACCACACCGAUCCGGCGGAUGAGCCAGAAGAGCAUCGAAUUCCGCGAGGACAUCCGGACUGCGCAGCGGAGUUUCAAGAUUCUCCGCAAGCUCUGCAGGCAGUAUGGGAUGUCCUUUCAGGGCCCCGGGGCGAGGAGCGAGGCUCAGAAGGGCAAGUCAAAGAAUGCUGCGAAGGCGAAGCCGAAACCGAAGCCGAAGAAAAAUAUACACUCGCAGCUCUUCCGACCAGAGGCACCUUCAUCCUCGGAGUCAGAUUUCUCUUCAGCUGACGACCCAGACGGCUUGGAGCACCGGACCCAGUGGGAAGACGUGGAAAGUAUUUUGGGCAGACUGCGCAUGGACGAUCGAGUUAACGCCUUGGAAGAUAUCAGCGAGUCGCUCAACAAAAGCUCACAGAGAGCACAGCAGGAGUUGCUGGAGCUUGACUUAUCUGACAGUGCGGGCGUGAGGAUCCGGCGGGCGGGUUGGACGGGGUGGACGAGUCCCUGCUCACCCACAGGCCAGACGACAUGUUGGCGGUGCAGGCUGUGAACCGCUGCAUGGGGCUGCUACCGGAGCUCGCCGAGUGGAGCGCCAGAAAGGCGAAUGAGCGGAUGGAUGCCCAGAAGCAGGUAGUGCAGAACAACUUGGAGGCCGAGUCGCGCGAGGGCGGCGCGUCGUGGGAGGAG